CCUUUGUUACAUCCCUGUUUUUGUCAAUGUGUUUCCAGGCAUUAGAUUGGUAAUUUCUCAUUUAAAAUAUGGUGACUUCCGAGAAAUGCACACGAUUAAAAUAUCCAAUAACGCUUCAAACGCAAGAUGUUGGGAGGUUAACCAGAUUUGAACCAAUUCACUUCUUAGAUGUUUAUUUCGUCCUCUGUAUAAAUUGAGGGCACUUGAUUGCAUUCGUUUUCUGCAAACGCUUUGUUAAGAAAUCACUCGCUUAUCAAAUUUUGAUAGACUAAUUCAAAUCCAGCACCAUGGUAGAUUAAUCCAGCGGCAGCAUUUCUUGGAAAAUAAAGAGGACGACAGCAAAUCUUUGCUUAAAUUAGAAGGGGUGUUCUAGAAGAGAAGAAAGGAAGCCUGUAAAAUUUGUAGGGAAUCGGUGAAACAUUAUAAUGGCUGCUGAUUCGGAGUCUUCUCUUUACGAAGUUCCAGGUUCGCAUGUGCACAAUAGACGAGAAGAAACAUCAUCAAGUAAUGGCUUAGAAGGCUUGAGAGAGCAAGCUGCACCAAUAUUUUAUGAAUGUAAAUGCCAAGAUUUAUGGUUGGGGAGAGCAACUGUGAAAAGAUGUUUCGGAUGUGCCAGGUUGAGAGAGGCUGAGAGAUUUGGCAAGGUUAAAACAGAAGGAUUACAGUCAAGUCAAGGAGCUCCAGGCAAACAUCCUAUGGGUAUUAGAGUAAAGGAGGAAAAGAUAACCCAAAACAUAAAACUCAAAGCCAUUCGCACACCUUCUAUGGGAGGACUUGGGGAUAUGGAGAUCCCAAGAAGCAGCUGCAAUGUUAAGUAUCCGUUUCGAGAUGUCAUUGUUAUUGAGGAUGAUAGUGAUGAUGGAGACAAUGAGAGAGGCAAUGAUGGCGAAACGGAUACAACAAGUAGCAACGAAGAUGAUGACCAUGAUCUAACUUUAGAUAGUGAUGCUAGUUCUACCAAAAAUCUAAGAUCUAUUUCAUGUGGAUCGAUAGGGCAAAGUUUCAAUCACAAUGGUCAUCAAGUUCUUAAAUCUUCAAAUCAUUCGGAAGAUGAAGAUGAUUGUCAAAUAUUUUCUUCAGGGAGGUUCAGGCCAUUCAAACGUAUGAAAAGUGCACAUAGGAAAAAUCCUUCGGGUAAUGGCCGACAUGUAUUUGAAAGUUUGAGUUCAGACAGUGAUAGUGCAGAAUGUGAAAUAAUAAUGGAAGGUUCUUACGGAAAACUUCGUGAAGAGUGGGAACAAGCGGCAUUGAAGAAGCAAGUUCUUUAUGGUAUGGAAUACAGGGGACCUUAUGUUGAGGAAGAGUUUAGCGUUUCUGGUUCAAAUUUAUACCCUUAUAGUCCUUGCAGAGAAUUUGAGCAAGAAGGAAAGAACGAGCAAGCGAAUGCUGAUUUUCAAAAGCACCAUUCUGAUAGGUAUUCAACAGAUCCUCCUGAUCUUGUAAGUGCUAGUGGUAUAGUUUAUACUUCAAGUCAGGAUGAUGUGACAAGCCAUAGAACUCCUAAGCAGCCUAAGACACAAAUUCCUAGAGUAGAUAUCUUCAAUGGAGCCUCAAUUGGUCAAUCUGCAAAUACUGUUGAGGUCAAGCCAUCUAGAGAGGUGAAUGAAUUGGGUCAAAACAGUGGUGUUGUCAAGAUGAGAGAAGUUCAUCUGGAUCUCCCUCAUCCUAAAUCUCAACAAGUGACAGAUAAAACUUUAAAAUCAUCUGUUGCAGAAGCAAAAUCUGAAUUUGCAGUGGUAGAAAACACAAGUGAAUGGAUUGCUGAUCGUGAGAAGCUAAAGCAAACAGCAGCAUUUAGAUAUGCUGAACAAGAGGAAUGGACACGGAGACAGUUAGAACUGCAGCGCCAGGCAGAGGAGGCACAACGCCAGCGGAAGAGAAAAAGAGCAGAAGAUGCACGGAAGCAGGAGAUGGAGAGGAGGCAAAAACAACGUCUUGAAGAAAUGAGAGAAACCCAAAAGAAGGAUGAAGAAACAAUGGACUUAAAAGAAAAGCUGCGUGGCAAAGUAAGGGCACAGCUUGAGCAAGUUGCUUCUCAAUCCAAAGACAUGGCCUCACUGCUACGCAAUCUUGGUAUACCUGUGGAUGGGAGAGCCUGUCCAUCGCCACAGCAGGUGAAUGCAGCUUAUAAACAAGCUUUAUUGCGUUUUCAUCCUGAUCACGCAUCAAACCAUGGGCUGGAUUAUCAAGUCAAAGCUGAGGAGACCUUUAAAUUGAUUUUACGUUUGAAGACCACACUGUUGCCAGUGGUGCCAGCCUACUUAAAUAAGACGUCUUGGUAGCUAUUACAUUGUAAUAUAUUUCCUACUGACCUAAUUGAGUUUGUUGAUCUAUUUUGAUAAUGUGCAGAGUUGUCAUUCCAACCGCAUUAUUCACCCAUACGAUUAAAAGCGUUACUCUGAUGUAAUGUGAUGUCAAAUUGCAUUGAAUUGCAAACCUACAUAAAUAAGACGUCUUGGUAACCAUUUACAUUGUAACAUAUUUUCCCACCAAUUAAAUUGAGUUUGUUAA